AUUUUAAUUAAUACUUUAUGUAUUUUUAAGAUAAUAAAAAAUAAAAUAAAAACAAAAGUUAAAUAUCAAAAGGUGUAAUCAAAUGAAUCCUAACAAUUUUAGACAAUUACUUCAGUAACAACAAACCCUCUUGCAUGUUUCGUGUUUCCAUUCUCUCUUUUUGGUAUAAUAUAAUUUUUUAUUUUCCUUUUUAAAAGAGGGCAAUUGUCUUCUACUACAUUUUAUAUUCAAGGGGUGGAGAAAAGGGGUAACUGAGGUUGAAUUUGAAACCCUCAUCGGUGUUACCACUUUAUCCAUCAUGUGGAGACCACAAUAAUACAUUUGAUGUUAAUUUUUGAACAAUUUUGCAAGGGAUCGGAUUUGAAUCGUUGUUCGAGAGAGUGAAGGAGGGAUGUACUUAAACGUGAUUGGAUGUCACUGGACCCGAAGACCCAAGUUACAAUUGAUGUUAAUAAACUACUAUUAUGAAGGGAUAAUGGAUAAUGCGAGGAAUAUACUUCCCAACAUUAAUUGUGAAAUGCAGUUAGACCUUGGCAAACAAGCAGAUUGGAUCAAGUUCGAGUUGGGUCAACUUAAGUAAUGAAUUCUAUAAGUUGGGUCACUAAUGGGUCACAGGUUGAGGAAGACCAACUUUAACUUGACCUUAAUGGGUUAUGAAUUAACUCUAAGUUGACGUUUUUGUAAGUAACUGAAUAAGGCAAAAAAGUUAAA